AUGCUAGGCCUCUCCAUGGACGAACUCAAUCACGGGUUCUGUCCGCAACCAGGCUGUGAAACCUACUACUACGACCGUUGUCGGAUUUGCGUGCCGCCUCACUUGUGCGAAGUGCACACCCCAGAGCGGGAUAAGCAGCGACACGGACGAUUUUGCGCAACAAUCCGGCAGCAACGAGCCCUGCAUGAGCGGCUGAGACGAGAGGCUGAUCAGCCCACCCAGACACGCAGCGGCGUCUGUGCAGACCUCGCCGACGCAACCUAUGCAUUAGUCGACCUGCUGUUCCAAGCAUUCUAUCCGGGGCCGUUGCCAGCGACCACAUACAGCGACAUAAUCAAGCUCUUAAACGACGAGAAAAUUAAAUUGUUUUGGAGUGACGACUUUGCCAGGUUCGCGGUUCCAGCACUCUACAUAUUCCAAAACAAAGACCAGGAGGCUUACGCCCGUGCAAUGCUGCUCAUGACAUCGGCCUUCCAGAGGGACCACCGCGCCAGUGGGCCGCCGCCCCCAAUCAGCAGCAGACAAAUAGUAGUGUACUCUAUGCUUGCAGAAGCCAGCGCAUACAUCAUCCGUUUAGACCAGUGGGUUUACCGCGUUCCACUUGCCUUGCUCAAACUUCGACUCGUUCGCGACCUGCGAUACCUGCUGCACCACCCACAAGAGCUUGAACGUUUGCGAGAAAUCAGCCUCCGCGAACAUGGAACUCUUUGUCUCAGGCAAGGCGGGCCAACUAGAUCCUACAUGAAACAGCUUGUCCUCACGGGCGACCUUGCCCUACAGAUUAUCAGCUUGGAGAAUCAGAUACGGGCUUUGGCGCGGUUUGAGCGUUGGCAAGUCUUCUGGAGGUACAUGUGCUACCCAGAAGGUUGCGCUUGGCUUCGUCAAAACAGUACAGGGGGGCUUACCCGGGUAAUGUGGAUGUGCCUCCACGUCAACCACUACUCAUGGGUGGCUACGCCUGGAGCAUGCACAGAGAUGAUCAACUUGUUGGAGCUUUGGGAGGGUAUGCACUAG